AUGUUGAACUGUAAGUUUGAAAAAAAAUGUCCAAUCCAGAAAUUUAAAUGAUCAGACUUCUUUUUUUUUAAUAUGGUUGCUAUGAUUUACAGUACUUUCAGAUUGUUUGUGUGACAAUCCAAGUGAACUCGAUAUUUUAUUCUCAAAAAUUGUAAAAAAGGAGCAAAGCGAGAAAACUGCGAGAAUUGUUGAUCUGAUGAAUCGAGCUGUGCCAAGUGGAAUGGAAGCAUUGAAUCCAGCUAUUGCUGAAUAUGAAACAUUUCGAAGCGAUAAAUCAUCCAAUUUUUUGAAUGAUGGACAAGGCCACGUUGUAUUCAGACAAUUUAGGCGGAUAAGAAUAUCAGAUGUAAGAAGCUUCAACUUUUUUUUUUUUGAAAAAUUUAGAAUUUUUUUCAGCUUCUCAGUGCUAUUUCGAAACCGAAAAGUGGAAAUAUUAUUUAG